AUGAGUCAAGUCCUGGCUUCUUAUCAUGGAUUCAAUUUGGAUGUGGAGGAGCCCAUGGUCUUCCAAGAGGAUGGAGCCGGCUUUGGGCAGAGCGUGGUCCAGUUUGGCAGAUCUAGACUCGUGGUGGGAGCCCCCCUGGAGGUGGUCGCAGUCAACAAAACAGGACGUUUGUACGACUGCCUGGCUGCCACCGGCUUGUGUUGGCCCAUCUUGCUGAAUACACCCCCAGAGGCCGUGAACACGUCCUUGGGCCUGUCCCUGGUGGCCUCCACCGAUCUCUCCUGGCUGCUGGCCUGUGGCCCAACCAUGCACAGAGCCUGUGGGGAGAACAUGUAUGCAAAAGGCGCUUGCCUCCUGCUGGGCUCCCACCUGCAGAUCACCUGGACAGUCCCCGCCACCCCAGAGUGUCCAAAUCAAGAGAUAGAUGUUGUCUUCCUGAUUGACGGCUCUGGCAGCAUUGACCGAAAUGACUUUAAACGGAUGAAGAACUUUGUCAGAGCUGUGAUGGACCAGUUCAAGGGCACCCACACACUGUUCUUGCUGAUGCAAUACUCAAACCUUGUGAAGACCCACUUCACCUUCAGCCAAUUUCAGACCAGCCGGAGCCCUCAGAGCCUGGUGGAUCCCAUCGUCCAACUGAGUGGCCUGACGUUCACAGCCACAGGCACCCAGACAGUGGUGAAAGAGCUAUUUCACAGUAAGAAUGGGGCCCGUAAAACUGAAGACUCCCUGAAAUACAGCGACGUCAUCCCCCAGGCGGACAGAGCCCGCAUCGUCCGCUAUGCCACUGGGGUGGGAGAUGCUUUCCAGGAUCCCACUACAAGGCAGGAGCUGAACAUCAUUGGUUCAGUGCCUUCGGAGGACCACGUGUUCAAGGCGGACAACUUCGCGGCACUCAGCAACAUCCAGAAGCAGCUGCAGGAGAUCUUUGCAGUCGAGGGAACGCAGUCAAAGACAAGUAGCUCCUUCCAGCAUGAGAUGUCUCAAGGAGGCUUCAGUUCCAUCCUCACAACGGAUGGACCAGUUCUGGGGGCUGUGGGGAGCUUCAGCUGGUCUGGAGGUGCCUUCCUGUACCCCCCAAAUAGGAGCCCCACCUUCAUCCACGUGUCUCAGGAGUACGCGGACAUGAGUGCCUCUUACCUGGGUUACUCCACAGAGCUGGCCGUUUGGAAGGGGGUACACAGCCUGGUCCUGGGGGCCCCCCGCCAUCAGCACACCGGGAAGGUUGUCAUCUUCAUGCAGGUGUCCGGGCAAUGGAGGCUGAAGGCUGAAGUCACAGGGACCCAGAUCGGCUCCUACUUCGGGGCCUCCCUCAGCUCCGUGGACGUGGACAGAGAUGGCAGCUCCGACCUGGUCCUCAUCGGGGCCCCCCAUUACUAUGAGCAGAGCUGGGGCGGGCAGGUGUCCGUGUGCCCCUUUCCCCGGGGGAGGGCUAAGUGGCAGUGUGGUGCUGUCCUGCGAGGGGAGCCAGGCCACCCCUGGGGCCGCUUUGGGGCAGCUCUGACGGUGCUGGGGGAUGUGAACGGGGACAGGCUGACGGACGUGGCCAUCGGGGCCCCGGGAGAGCAGGAGAACCGGGGUGCUGUCUACCUGUUUCACGGAACCUCAGGACUGGGCAUCAGCCCCGCCCACAGCCAGUGGAUUGCAGGCUCCCAGCUCUCCCCUAGGCUCCAGUAUAUCGGGCAUUCACUGAGCGGGGGUCAGGACCUCACCCAGGAUGGACUGGUGGACCUGGCCGUCGGGGCCCAGGGGCACGCGCUGCUGCUCAGGAGCCUGCCGGUGCUGAACGUGGAGGUGGCUAUGAGAUUCACGCCCCCAGAGGUGACAAAGUCUGUGUACCGCUGGGAAGAGCUGCCCACCGCCCUGGAAGCUGGGGACGCCACAGUCUGUCUCACUAUCCACAAAAGCUCACAGGACCAGCUAGGUGAGUUUCCUCCUGGUAGACCCAGACCCUCACUGCCCCCGAGAGGCCCCCAGCCCUAUAUCCUCAGGACAGAACUCCCCUUUGAGAAGAACUGUGGGCAAGGGGACCUGAGGGUCAGCCUCAGCUUCUCAGGCCUGCAGACCCUGGUGGUGGGGAGCUCCCUGGAGCUCAAUGUGACAGUGACCGUGUGGAAUGAGGGUGAGGAUUCCUAUGGAACUGUGAUCAGCUUCUACUAUCCAGCAGGGCUGUCCUAUCGACGAGUGUUAAGAAUCUAGCAACCCCAUCAGCGACCCCUGCACCUGGCAUGUGAGGCAGUGCCCACUGGGAAUGAGGGCCUGAGGAGCAGCAGCUGUAGCAUCAACCACCCCAUCUUCCAAGGGGGCACUAAGGGCACCUUCAUAGUCACAUUUGAUGUCUCCUACAAGGCCACCCUGGGAGAUAAGUUGCUUUUGAGGGCCAAUGCAAGCAGUGAAAAUAAUAAGCCUACAUCCAACAACACUACCUUCCAGCUGGAGCUCCCAGUGAAAUAUGCUGUCUACACAGUGAUCAGCAGGCAGGAAGAAUCCACCAAGUACUUCAGUUUUUCAGCUUCUGACCAGAAGAGCAGAAAAGAGGCCGAGCAUCGAUAUCGUGGGAGAGAUCUGGCCAUCAGCAUUCAUCUCUGGGUCCCAGUCCUGCUGAAAGGUGUGGCUGUGUGGGAUGUGGCUAUGGUGGCCCCUUCACAGAGUCUCCCCUGUGUGUCAGAGAGGGAACCUCCCCAGCAACCUGACUUCCAGACCCAGAUUCCAAGCAGUCUCGUGCUGGACUGCUCCACUGCUGCCUGCCUGAGGUUCUGCUGUGACAUCCCCUCCUUUGGCGUCCAGGAGGAACUUGACUUUAUUCUGAAGGGCAACCUCAGCUUCGGUUGGGCCAGCCAGACUUUGCAGAAGAAGACAUGUGUCGUGAGUGUGGCUGAAAUCAUUUUCAACAGAUCCAUGUAUUCCCAGCUUCAAGGACAGGAGGCAUUUUUGAGAGCCCAGGUGGAGAUGGUGCUAGAAGAGUAUGAGGUCUAUAACCCCAUCCCCCUCAUUGUGAGCAGCUCUGUGGGAGGGCUGCUGCUGCUGGCUCUCAUCACAGCUACACUGUACAAGUGUUGCUUCUUCAAACAUCAAUACAAAGAAAUGAUGGGUGACAACCCUGAAGACACUGUCACGUUCAACGGGGAGUAUCUCAGCUGUGAGGCCCCCAAUCAGCCUUUGUCCUAAGAAUCCACUUUCCCAUUUAGCUGUACCCCCAUGGGCUGACUUCCAUGGGAGUAACUUCUGUGUAGAUCUGGACUGGCCUGAGCAACUUGCCAGGUGCUAAGUCAUCUUCCCAAGGCAUCGAAAGGUUUUUAUGUUUUUACAUAUCUACCAGACUUCAGCGAUGACCCACUUUUUACAGAAGCGGGCAUGAUGCCAGCAUGAAUUCUCAUAUGUAUAAGAACUGUCACAUUAAAUGAGGAUGUUUAUAACACA